AUGGCGACAUUGAGGAUAUGUGCUCCAACAAUUUUCCAGGACUCCACAAAAUCGAAAUAUCUCGUGAAAUUUCUUGUUCUUUCGAUCAUUUUUCUGAAUCACUUUUGCUUAAUAUCAUCUGAUGAUAAUCCGCCUGUUUCGGAAGUUUCAGCAGCUGUGGCGGUCUCGUCGAACAUUCGUGCAGAUAUUAAGAGGCAACUUCACUCAUCCGCAUCACCAGCUUCGGUGAAUAGCUUAAAUAGGGAAAAAAUUAUCAGCGAUCGAUCUACUGUAGCAGCUUCAUCUGCAAAGCAUGGCAGAAAAGUUGAAUUUGAAGGAGAGGCUCAUGAAGUUCCGAGUGGUCCGAACCCUAUUUCCAACAGGUAA